AUGCACCACAGCCACAUCACGGUGAAGAUGGUUGGUGUUUUCAUAGCGACUGGCUUGAUCGUGGUCUCCAUUUUGGAUAUCGUUGGCUUCGCAAAGACCAAUGUGGACUCUGAACCUUUCAAUGUCCGAGCUUUUGGCUAUUUGCACAAUGCAUGGAACAUCCUCUUUGGGGUUUUGAUGAUCUUUAUGGAUGCUCCGGCAAGAUGGCUGGGGAAAAUGGCACCUUGGCAAAGCACUUUGUGGCAAAAGGCUCACAUCCUUGCCAAAGCCAGGGGUCGAGCCUUGGUGCACUUCUACGUGGGAAUCAUCAAUCUUGCGAUGGCCGACUUCUUGAAUUUCACCUUGUGGACGAUCAUCCACCUUGCCGUAGGAGGCAGCCUUGUGGUUUGCGCCAUCAUCAUGCUUUUGAACCACCACACGUAUCACUGCCAACGCCAUAGCCAUGUCAAGAGGACAUACGCUGGAACUGCAAAGGUGACAGAAGCCUUGGAUGUCUUCAAAGAGGAGGCCUUGGAGGUUCGCACCUACAUUGCGAAGAACCAUUUCUCAGUGCGGAUUGUCAGCUUCCUCAUCGCCAUCGCCCUGGUUGCAACAUCGGUUUUGGGGAUGAUCAACGUCUUUGGCUUGCUGUUCAGUCCCUUUCACUAUGUGAUCGGUGUUUUCGAUCUUUUCUUUGCCGUGGUCAUCGCUCUGGUGGAUGGCGAAGCGAGCUGGUUUGAGAAAUGCUGCAAUUGCCGUGUGAAGCUUUUCCAAGCAUUUCCAUGCCUCGCUGAGCUGCCUGGACGCUCUUUGCUGCACUUCUACGUGGGAAGCAUCAACAUGGUGAUGCUUCCUGGAAUGCCUUUGGACAUUGUCUACGUGGCAUUAGGAGGAACGCUUUGCUUGUGCUCCAUGCUGAUGCUAUGCCAUCACAACUACUGUUUGAAAGUUCCUGACCUCCCAUCUUUGAGUCACUCUUGA